AUGUUGCCGCCUGCCGUUGGCUCAAAUAUUCCUGAUCACCAAAAAAAAAAAAAAAAAAAAAAAAUUGUAUACUUGNAUUGUUACAAAUCUGACCAUCUGAAAAAACCAGAAAAUUGGGCACUAGUUGAGAAGGCCAAGUACUUCUAUAUUGCCGGGUUCUUUCUCCCUGUAUCCCCGGAGUCCGUACAAUUUGUUGCUGAACAUGCAGCUGCGAAUAACAAGGUCUUCAUAACAAACCUUUCUGCUCCGUAUCUCUGCGAGUUCUUCAAGGAUGUGCAGGAUAAAUUUAUGCCGUACACGGAUUUUGUCUUUGGAAAUGAGACAGAAGCAAAAACCUUUUCAAGAGUUCAUGGUUGGGAGACAGAUGAUGUUGAGGAGAUAGCUCUGAAGAUUUCCCAGUGGCCCAAAGCAUCAGGAGCACACAAAAGGAUUACUGUUAUUACUCAGGGUGCUGAUCCUGUUGUUGUGGCUGAGGAUGGGAAAUUGGGGAAGUUCCCUGUGGUAUUGUUACCAAAAGAAAAACUGGUUGAUACAAAUGGAGCAGGGGAUGCGUUUGUUGGAGGAUUUUUAUCACAGUUGGUUCAAGAGAAGUCCAUAGAAGAAUGUGUGAGGGCUGGUUCUUAUGCAUCCAAUGUUAUCAUUCAAAGGUGUGGCUGCACUUUCCCUGAAACUCCUGAUUUCAAAUGAGCAAUGUUGCCGCCUGCCGGCACUGACUAGCCAGAAAAUAAUUUUGGGCGGGCUAAUAUUAAUAAGACAAGAAUUAUACACUUUCAACUUAAGGGUCCCGAAUGAUUAAUUGAGGUGUGAACAAGCUGGCUCAAAUACUCCAAGGUCCCGAAUAAUUAAUUGAGGUGUAAACAAGUUGGCUCAAAUAUUCCUGAUCACCAAAAAAAAAAAAAAAAAAAAAAAA